CGUUUCCAAUGGAACGAUGUGUACGUGUAUAAUAUUGAUCUUCAGUAGACUGUAAAAUACUAUGGACAUUCGCUUUACACAAAUUUAUUCUGUGUUAAUUAUUAUCCCAUUGAGGAAUAUUUCGUCGACGUCUUUGUACAAACGCAAUAAACAUGAGCAACAUCUUUGUUAAAACCUGUUUUCAUAACGCUACGAGAAAACUAAGUGCUAAAUCAGUAUCAAAUGCAGGGUCACUACUAUCAGAACUUCAAGGAAAAAUCACCUCUAAUCUCUUUUCCCAAUCCCGAAAUUUAAUUACAACUGCAGCUAUGAAUAAGAGUCAUUUAAAUGGAGAUCUGUGGGAAACAGAUCCUGAACUAUAUGAUAUAAUUAAACAAGAGAAACAAAGACAAGCUAGCGGCUUGGAAAUGAUUGCUUCAGAAAACUUCACCUCCGUAGCUGUUCUUCAAUGUUUGAGCUCAUGUCUUCACAACAAAUACUCUGAAGGAAUGCCUCAUCAAAGAUAUUAUGGUGGAAAUGAAUUCAUAGAUGAAGUCGAAAUUCUUGCUCAACAGAGGUCUUUACAAGCUUACAAACUCAAGCCGGAAGAGUGGGGUGUGAAUGUACAGCCAUAUUCCGGAUCACCUGCAAACUUUGCUGUUUAUACCGGAAUAGUCGAACCCCAUGGCCGCAUAAUGGGCUUAGACUUGCCAGAUGGAGGACACCUUACACAUGGUUUUUUUACAGCUACAAAGAAAAUAUCCGCCACAUCCAUAUUCUUUGAAAGCAUGCCUUAUAAAGUAGAUCCGAAGAGCGGAUUGAUUGAUUACGAACAGUUAGCUGUGAGUGUUAAGUUGUUCAAGCCGCGUCUAAUUAUUGCUGGCAUGAGUUGCUACUCCCGCUGUCUCGAUUACAAGAGAUUUAGAGAAAUAGCUGAUGAAAACGGAGCUAUCUUGAUGGCUGACAUGGCUCAUAUAUCAGGACUCGUAGCAGCUGGUGUUAUACCCAGUCCGUUUGAGUUCUGUGACAUAGUAACAACAACAACUCACAAAACGUUAAGGGGUCCGCGCGCUGGAGUUAUUUUCUACCGAAAGGGAGUUAAGUCUGUGAAUUCCAAAGGAGAGAAAGUUAUGUAUGACUAUGAAAGUAAAAUAAAUCAAGCUGUGUUCCCCGGCCUACAAGGUGGUCCCCACAACCAUGCAAUCGCUGCCAUUGCUACAGCCAUGAAACAGGCUAUGUUGCCUGAGUUCAUCGAAUACCAACGUCAGGUUAUAAACAACGCUCAAAGGCUGUGUGAAGGUCUUAAGUCCAGAGGUUACAACAUAGCCACAGGCGGUACAGAUUUACAUUUAGCACUGGUUGAUGUACGUAAUAAAGGUCUGUCGGGAGCAAGAGCUGAACGCAUACUGGAACUAUGUAGUAUAGCUUGUAACAAAAAUACCGUGCCGGGAGAUAAGAGUGCUCUUAAUCCCAGCGGGAUACGCCUUGGCACACCGGCACUAACUACUAGAGGUCUAAAAGAAUCUGACUUUGAUAAGGUCGUUGAUUACAUUGACAAAGCACUCUCAUUGGCUCAAGAAAUAACUAAAUCAUCUGGACCAAAACUUGUUGAUUUCAACAAAUUCAUUGAAGAUAAUGCUGAUAUUAAAGCAAAAAUAAACAAUCUCAAGGAGGAAGUAGAAAAAUACAGCCAGUCAUUCCCUCUACCCGGUCUAGAAAGAUUUUGAUGAAUAAUAUUCACAUAUAUUGGGCAAUCCAAUAUGCUGCUAAUUUAAAUCAUAUGACAUGUUCCUUGCCGAGAAGCUCAGUAGUAUUUAACUGUUACAUAAACAAAAUAAAGUUGAUUAGUUUUAAGGCAAUACUUCAGUAUCUAUGUGACAUUAUACAGUAAAUAAUUUGCAUUUAAAGCAAUAUUCCAUUUUUAUAUUACACUUGACAUUAUUAUGUUAAAGAUAAGGAAAUAUACAAUGUUUAUAAAAUGUAUCAAAAUUUAUUAUAUAAUUAAUAAAGAUAAGAAUUGAGUACA